AUGGUGACCGCCGGCUGGAAUUCGGUGACGGAACCGGUUAUGGGACAGUGUUCCGUUUUGAGUGUCGCCCCGGAUACCGACGUGAAGGUGCAGCUACACUACUAUGUAAAACAGAUGGACAGUGGUCAUUUGAGCAGCCGAAAUGCAUCAUUGGAUUCUCGUGUACAUUGUGAUGCAGGAUUUCGAGCCGAUGGACCGGAAGAGGUGAAAUGCUUGGCCAACCAGUCGUUGUCGACGGUGCCGUCAUGUCGUGAUGUAAACGAAUGUGCUGAAGGCUUGGCCCAGUGCCAAGAAGCUUCGACGAAAUGUGUGAAUCUACCUGGAGGAUACACCUGCCAAUGUUUGAGCGGCUUCCAGCCGCAGUUAGUUUGCCCAUCACCAUCGGCUUUGAUCGUGUCAUCGCUAAUCACUUCAUCCGAAUCUGUACCGCCCACGACACUGUCGACAGCUGGUUGGUGCGCAAAUAAGUCAGAUAACCUGAAAUCUGUUACGUUACACUUCACUGUUCCGAAAGUUAUUGAAAAGAUAAGGUGA